GCUCAGUAGCUACUGGAGGCGGCGGAGGCACCGCCUGCACGGGUCCGGCCGGCAUGACUGCGACGCUCAGAGCUGCCAGUCCGCCUCAGGGUAACAACCGGUACGGCGGUAAGGUUAAGCUCCCCACACGAAGGCUACAACGCAAUGGCAAGAUGGCGGCUACCCAGCGGAAAGCCGCGGAAACCAGUGAACACACUUCCGGCCCCGCCCCCCCGGCCGUGGCGCACUUCCCACCCCACUGCGCGGGCACGGCGGCGCGCUACGCUGUUGCCAUGGCAGCGGUCGGGGCGCGCUGCUAAGGGUUUCGAGGGAUCCCAGGAGCCGCAGACGCUCUGGGGGAAGUUCUGUGAGCCGGCCAGACACAGAGCUGAGGCUGCGACGCCGGAGACAGGGAUGGGAGGGCCGCUUGCGGCCAGCCCUGCACCUGAACCAGGAAGCCAGGAGCCAGAAAGCCAGGCAUCUGCACAAGCCCCAGACCUCAGAGCCUAGUGCAAGAGGUAGACAUAGUCGGUCACUCCAGCUUCAUGGGCAAACAUCUGUGAGAGCCCCAGGAGUUGUGGGGAUGGCACACCUGCUAGGCGGCCAGGCCUGCAUGGACAGUCUGCGCAAGGACCUCACAGACCUACAGGGCACCAUUGUGGAUGUGUUCUCCCGCGCUGGGCCUGUGCGCUUCCCGUCCUGGAAGUUCCCUGACCGUGUGGCCUGUGACCUUGACAUGGUGGCCCUUCUGGAGCACUAUGACCACGUGCCAGGUGACCCUGAGUUCACACAGUUGUCCCAUGCUGUGCUGCUGGAGCUGGUCAUUGACAGGCUCCUGCUGCUGCUUCAGAGCUGUGCCAGCUACCUGGAAAACCUCAGUUUGGAUCAGAUGAUUCCUCCUGCCCGAAUUGCAGGGCCAUGCAUGUCUGUGGGGCUCACAGUGCGGCGCUUCUGGAACAACCUGCUGAGGCUGGGCAUGCUGUACCAGCAGGCAGUGCCCCAGAAAAGAGCAAACCAAGGGGAGAUUCCCAUCAGCAAGCCCACGGCUAAGGGUGAACCAGCCAGGAGCCCCGAAUGCAUGACUGCCAAGUUCAUCAAGCCUCCUUCCCCAGUGCCAGGCUUGCCCUUGAUCUGCCAAGGGCUGCAGAGCAUCCCUGUCAGAGUCUCCUUGCGGGGCACAGCUGGGACCACCGAGAAAACCAAGAGCGUCCACUCCCAGACCAUCGAGACAGCCUUGGUGCCCUGUGAUGCUUGUACCAGUGUCCAGGGCAGCUUGUGGGAGGUGGGCAAGGUGAUCAUCAGCCUGUGUCAGAGCCAGAACUUGCCUUCAUCCUUGGGCCAGUUCCAGAAGCUGGUGCAGGACAGCAUGGGGCUCAAACCACUGCCAGCUGCCACCAUGGGCCACUGGGCAGCAGAGCAGAGCAAAGACCUGACUCGUCUCAAUAAGCAUGUGGGAGCCCUCACCCAACUUGUUGGGCCCCUCAGGGCCCAGCUGGAAGAGGCUGAGGGCCAGAAGGACGGGCUACGGAAGCAAGUGAGCAAACUAGAGCAGGCUCUGCUGCAGGAGAGAGGAGAAUGGCAGCGGCAGACAGAGGAGGCUGAGCGGAGCCUGGCCGAGUGCAAGCGUGACAGGCAACAGCUAACCACAGAAACGUGUGACCUAAAGGCAAAGGUGACCAAUCUGGAGGGAGACCUGAAGCAGCAGCAGAAGUCCAUGCAGGCCAUGGUGGCAAAGACCCAACAGCUGGAGGAGGAAGGUGAGCGGAGGGCAGCAGCUGAGAGGCAAGUGCAGCAGCUGGAGGAGCAAGUGCAGCUGCUGGCAGGGCGGCUGGAUGGGGCUGGGCAGCAGAUCCGCUGGGCCAGCACAGAGCUGGACAAAGAGAAGGCCCGAGUCGACAGCAUGGUCCGUCAUCAGGAGUCCCUGCAGGCCAAGCAGAGGACUCUGCUCCAGCAGCUGGACAGUCUGGACCAGGAGCGGGAAGAGCUGCGGGGAAGUCUGGAUGAGGCUGAGGCCCAGCGGGCUGAGUUGGAGGAGCAGCUGCAGAGCCUCCAGAGCGACAGGGAACAGGGACAGUGCCAGCUACAGGCACAGCAGGAACUACUGCAGAGCCUGCAGCUGGAGAAACAGGAGCUGGAGCAGGUAACUACAGACCUGCAGCUGACGGUCUCGGAGCUGCAACGGGAGCUAGAGGAACUAAAGGAGCGGGAGCGACUGCUGGUGGCCUUCCCAGACCUGCACCAGCCCACGGAGGCCCAGAUCCAAAAUUCUGGCAAUGUCACCCAUGACAUGGAGAGACAAGUGCAAGCCAAUGGUAUCCGUAUCCAGGUCCUACAGGAAGAGAACAGGCGGCUCCUAUCAAUGCUGACCAAAAUCCGAGAGGUGGCCCAACAGGGAAGCCUCAAAAUGAUCCCACAGGGCCAGCUCUGGUCCCCUCCCUACAAGGACAUCCAGGGAGAGGUACCCCCCGCCCAAGCACAGACUACAUCUCCAGGGCCCAUGGGCAGACGGCAGUCUCCUGGCAGCAGGAUGAGCAGUACAGGCAGGACCCACCCAGGAGGGUCCCGAGGAUCCCCCUCUAGGCAGCCCUGCAGCUGGCCCAGCAAGUCCUCUUUGGAGGACAGAACCCACUCAGCCACCUGCACCCAGAACCCCAUCCGGGCCUUUGCCAGGCUCAGGAGGAAACUCUCACCGAACCGAGGUCAGGCUGGCUCUACAUACCAACCCCAGGAACGACCCACCUAACCUGAAGCAGGGGUAGGGCUGGAGGGCAGGCGGCUAGCAACCCCCAUGGAAUAAAAGCCCCAGCCAUCUGCCCACAGUGAUCUUGGCCUCAGCGUGGCUGAGCUGGGGGAACAGACCUUCCCUCCUUGUUGAACAAAGGCCUCUGUGAUCCCACCAGGCAGGUCACUGGCCCAUAGAGGCCUGCCAUUGAGUGUGAACUUUGUCUCCAUCCUGACAGGCACUGUGGGGAGAGUAUCCAGAGGGCACCUGAGCCACAGAAAGGGCUGAGGGGUAACCCUGGGUCACUGAGCAGCACUCAGGGUAGGGCUCCAGAUGUGAGGGCACAUCUGGAACAAGGAACCAGACACCAGGACUUUGCCUCUGGCCCAUCAAGGCAGGCAGGGAACAGCAGUGCCUUCGCCUUCCACCUUGGCUCUGCAUCUGGUGCACCCGGCAGCUCACCAAGGAGCUCGCUGCCUUUAGGGACAACUGAGAGGUCCCUCUUAAGUCCUAGAGGUCAGAGCCUCACAAAGCCACCGAAGACCAGGCCUUUGGACACCUUAGCCAGCCAUGGUUUGAAGAGCAUUAGACUUUGGGGCUCACCCAGCUCAGGAUGAUACAAGCCUCAGCAAGGAUGUACCAACGAUCCUACGACACAGUGGUCAUUUCUCUAAACCAGGCCAUUAGCCUGCCUCGAGUCACCUUGUUUGUGAAAGACAGACUCUAAAUUCUUACCGAGGACUUCUCAGGUCACACUCUCCUAGCCUUCUGGGUGGCAUUAUUUAUUAUGUGGUGGGGAGGCCAUCAGGUCGAGUGCCUUAGUUUGCAGUGAAGGGUCAAUGGGAGCCACAUGCGCAGUAAGCUGGCAUUGUCAGGUCUCUCAACUCUGUCUCUUAACAGCCCAGGGUGUCUGAAGGAGACUGGAUGCUCUGAGCCACUGUACUGGGGAGAGGCCGUUACUGCUGGGCGUUCUAGGCCCCCACUGAUUCAACAUCCAUUUCUUAGCUCUCACUUCUGCCAGUUGGUAAGCCAGACCCUUCCCAAACAGGAGGACUGAGAGUUUGAGGCUAGUUUAUGCUAUAUAGUGACGACCUGACUCAGACAGACAGAUAGACGGAUAGACAGAGAACAACAAGAAACAAGCAAAAAGUCCAGAAGUCCAGGUUGUUUGUGUCUCCUUUAGAUGCUCUGCGGAGGAGUCCUCUUACAAGCUCCCGGCUGGGGCCAAGCUUGAUCCUUAGGCUGUGGAGCUGAGGUCCCCAUAGCCAUGCUGCUCUUGCCUGGCCUCUUAUUUGCACCACCCAUCUUCAAGAAGGCAGCAGAGCCAGGUGGUGGCGCACGCCUGUAAUCCCAGCACUCAGGAGGCAGAGGCAGCCAGAUCUCUGAGUUUGAGGUCAGCCUGGUCUACAUAGCAAGCAGUUUCAAGACAGCAAGGGAUACAUCUAGACCCUGUUGAGAGAGCGCGCGGCAGAGAAUGUGUCUCCCACACGGAUUCCCCUCGGUCUCUGACUUGCUCCUGCUUUCCUUGGACUUGUGCUGACCAGAAACAUUUCUCAUUGUCUUGUUCCUGUUAGUGUUGGGAAUUGGAUUCAGGACCUUGUGCAUUUCAGGCAAGUAAGUGCUCUACCAGUGCCCUCGCCUGAAGGUCAUGUAACAUAAACUUCUUAGAGUCAGGGUCCUAAAGAUUACGCAAGGCAUGUUCAUGCAGCAGAAGGGUGUGAGGCUUUGAGGACUGUAAGAGUUCUCCCUGCUCCAAGCAAGAGAAGCCAAGGUGACCGGUGACUGCUAUUUUGUUUGGUUGUUUUUGGCAGGAGCCCAGGCUGAUCAAACUCACUGUAUAGCUGAGGUUGAUUUUGAACUCAUGAUCUUCUGGUUUCCUUAGUAGCCCAGUUCGGCUUUGAACGUUUUGUUUUGUUUUAUUUCUAAUUUAUUUAUUUACUUAUGUAUUUUUGUUUUUAUUUUAUUUAUUUAAUUUUUUUGAGACAGGGAUUCUCUGUGUAUCCUUUGUUGUCUUGGAACUCACUCUGUAGACCCGGCUAGCCUUGAACUCACAGAGAUUCAUCUGCCUGCCUCUGCCUCCCCAAUACUGGGACUAAAGGGGUACACCACUGAGAGGCACCCUGGCCUUGAACUCUUAAUCCUCCUGCUUCUACCUUCAGGUUUCUGGGAUUAUUGGCAUAUGCCACCACAUACCCAUCUAUUGCUUAACAUCUUAAAACAUCUGCACAAAUUUUAUGUCUUAUGUUAAAAUAUAUUCCAUGUUUAUUUUACUAUUAAAACUUCCCUACCCAAA